AUGGCCGACGAUCGUGCGUCACAGGACACAGCAGAGCGCGAGGCUCGCAAUGCUGUCACUCUCGGGCUGAGUGACCAGAAGACGAUGCAACAGUUGUCAUCGUCUGGAAAGAGCGCGCAGGAUCGCCGGAGACAGGCGGCACGUCGGCGUGCUCAGAAUGAGAGUGUUGACAGUCAAGCGGCGACUCAAGGAGACACGGGGCAGAGCAGGAGUCAAAGCCAAGCAUGA